AUGGAACCGGUGAGAGGAGGGGUAUGUUAGGGAGUGUAUUGUGCUAGCGUCGGUAUUGUUUUCACUUUUUGAAGAUAAUUGUUUACGAAAAUUAGUGGCCUCUGCCGGCGUCUUCCGGAGUACCAUGAAAUGGCGGGAUACGGGGCGCUGGUGGUCUCUGCCCCUAAAAAUGCUGUCUGGGGGCUGGUGGUGAGCGGUGCGCUGACUGUGGCCGUGCAAACUCUGGAUUACAACUCCCAUUACACUCUGUAACCGUGAAAAACCCGCGCUCUCUGCAGCGUUUGCGAUAUCCCACCCCGCAGUGCUCGUUGUAAUGUACUAAUUAUUACUAAACUACAAUGAUUGGUAAUAUUCUGUAAGAAGACCAGUCCUGAGUGUCCUUUUUUAUGGCAUAAUUUUAUUUACUUUUUUGUAACAUUUAGUACGUAAACAUUCUGUGUAUCCAUCACUGUAGUGCUUAGGUCCAGGGAUGGAAUUAAAGUUACCCACAGCUUGCUAUUGUGCUAGUUAAGGCUGGCAAAACACCAUGGGAAAUGUAAUUCAACAGCUGGAGAGUUACAUUUUGGGUCACCUCUGGAUGUUUACAUGGGCAUGCAAGAAUGUGAAUAGUGACACUAUGUAGCUACUUUAAAAAAAAUGAAAGUAAACUUUUCCCAGCUUGAAAUAACUUCACUGCUAGCUGACUUAAACCAGGCAGUGCUUAUGGUUAUAAUGCAUAGUUUGAGCCUCUAGAAACUCAAAUAAGUCGAAUUUGUUACAUGCUAAUGUUGAAGUAACAAUAUCCAACACCUUUCCAAAUUGUAACCCUGAUUAUUAUGAUGCAAUGUGUGAGCUGCCUAACUUGGAAUAAAACCAAAAUACAAGUUGACCUGAAUUUACCACUAUGUACACCAAAGUAUAUAUUGGUUCACAAGCUUCUGCACAACUUAAUUAGUUUAAACUGACGUAAUGAUUACUUUGUCUCCUGGUUUGUAUUCAUAAUAGACUGUACAGGAAAUGAAUACUACAGUCUCUGAAACCACUAACUAUAAAAACUUGUAUUUACAAACUUUCCAUAGCUGCAUCUCUUUUGGAUUAGUUUGAACUUUUGGUUUAGGCCAGGAAAUGCUUGAGACUGCAGGUAUAAUAGUUCUCUCCUCCUUCCAUUUCCAUACCAGAGGUUAUUUUGUUAUAUAUAUAUAUAUAUAUAUAUAUAUAUAUAUAUAUAUAUAUAUUAUUUUCUUCAUUUGAACAGACUUGGUCAUUUCUUUAUGUGAAAAAAAACUUUUUUUAAAUAUAUUAUAACCACCCUCCAUGUUUACUCCUCUUGUAAAUCCUUGACCCAUUUUUACAAUGGUUUGAUUAUUUUCAAAGGGGUCUGCCCUUUCUCUUAUUCCUGCUGGUAGAAUUGAACCCCAGAAUUUUCAUUCAUGGGCUUCCUUUAGCUCUUCUGAGCUAAGCCCUGCUUAGUGGUCCCCAGGUACAAAUUCAAACCGUUCUAAAAUUGUUUGGCUGCUUAUGGGUUUAUAUACUAAACAGUGCAUUCAGACACUUAAAGCAAAAUUUUAAGGCAAUACAGUAGAAUUGGAAAAGUUUUCCUGUUGAGUGUUUUUAUUUUUAAAUUUAUUUUAAUUGCCUUUUUGCCCUAAAUUUAAGUUUUACUUUCAUGUGACCCAAUUAACUGUUGACUAAAUGAACACAUUUUUUCAGAAAAUAUACUUUCUUUGCUAUAUGCUACCAGAUAAAAUGAGCUCUUAAUUUCAUUCCUUGUGCAUGUUUAACUUCAUUUUGCAUACAAAAUUGCCUGCUUCCUUAUGAUUGUUUGUGUGCAUAAACGUUGUCAUGUUCUUGGCACUGUCUUUUUUUUGUUUUAUGUAUGUUUAGUUCAAUUGAAUCUUAGAGGGGAACUCCAAGCUAGCAGCACUAUUUAACAAUUCAUUUAUAGAUAUUACCGGUAUCUAUAUUAAGUAGACAGGAAAAAAUAAUUUAGAAUAAAAGAUGGUUUUCUCUCUGAAAAUUCCAGUUAUGUAAUUAGCUAAAGCAUUAACUGUUUAACUCUGUACAAAGCUUAGACGUCAGAUUGUGAUAAAUCUAAUGAAUUAACUUAAUUCAGAAAAUUAAUUCUUACAUCAAAGAAAGCGUAAAAUUUGCAUUAUUGCCUUGUGUUUAAUAUUUACAUUUUCAUUGGAUAUAAAUGCAACUUCAUCUAUUUUUGCUCCAAAUUUAAAAGUUUCUAGUAAUUCUACCUCCUACCCCUUAUAGGUACUACUACCAAGGGGUUUAACAGGAGUUGAGCUGAGCUGGCAAUAAAAUAAACAUUGUGAAGAGCUACAAUAUUAUAUUUCUGAAAUUUCUAAUCUGGAAGAUUGACUGGUUCUGACAUAAUAAAAUAGAAGAAAAAUAUUUCAAAUCAAAGCUGUUAAUUUUUAUUUUUUUGGCAUGUGAGUAUGGUCAUCUCAGAAGUAAUUUACUAAUGCAUUUUAGUUAUGAGCAAGCACUAAGAUACAGUGCUCUCAUUACUAGCUGUCCAGAUGUGAAAACUAUUUUUUACUGCUAAAUUGCUUGUGAAUUGUUUUUAAUUAAAACAAUAUUUGUAGAAGGGUACUGCAGCAAGGAUUUGAUGUUCAGCACCUGAUUGUGUGCUACAUGGAAAAGUCCUAGGAAAAAAUCAAUACUAUAAUAUACCAUAGCACUCUGUUGGAAUAUGUAUCUUUAUUGGUAUCACAAUAAGAUAAAAAUAAAAAAUUUAGCAUACCAGAUAUAUCCUACACCUUGAAAAUAAUCUCUCUAAUCCAAAUUACCUUUUACAUGCAGAAAAAUUCUAGCAAUAAACCCCAAUUCAGAUGGACCAAAAAAAGACUGGUUUCUACUCUAGUUCCCUUUGAAAAUGACCUAGUUGAAAUGGAGUUUGUGGUCUCUUCUUUUUGGCUAUCUGAAGGCAAAGUUUAGUUUAUUGGUAUAAAAAAAUCAAUUGGAUUAUAGUAUAUUGUAAUAUGAAAUCUGGCAUUCCGUUUUUUAAAACUUUUUUUUUUUUUUUUUUUCCUCUCAUCAAAUCCGUGUGAAAAUCACCUUUGCUAUAAUGUUUGUUCUGUUUGUAUGUUAUGAAAUAAGACAUUGUUUUGUUUUUAUCUACAAGGCACCUUGCUGUAGACUGGCUUUUCCUUUGUCUGGCACUGCACCAAUUUAAACCUCCUGCCGCCUUAUUUGAUUACAGUAUUUUGCAUGCUGGGGCUGUAUGUUUGUACGUGACAUUAGCAUGUUGUUGAAUGCAGUUUUUCUUUUGAAUGGGUAUGUUGCAAUAUUAUCGCUAAUGGUGAGGUCAUGAUUCCUUAUUGUGUAAACCAGGAUGUUACAUUCAAUCUGACCGACAUUUGAUGUUAAAUAAAAUUAGCUUAAGGGGAUGACUGUAAUUAGUUUCUCAACAAAAAAAACUAGUCUCUAUUAGACGAGUGACACGUGUUUGCAAAAUGUAUCCAAUAUUUAAAAAAAAAAAAAAAUUUUUAAAAAAUGCACACUGAGAAUGUAAAAAAGAAAAUGUUAAUCUGGAGAAUAUCAUCUGGGAGGGGGACACAAAGUAAUGGGGCAUACGGGCAGGGGACAUCAGAUGGUAAUCUUCUCUCCCACAGAUGGGCUGUGCACUUUUAAGAUAAGGAACGGCUCUAAGUUAAAAAGUUACUCAAAGCACUAUAACCACUACAGAGCACAGCAAUUUACCCUCUUACCUGGCUCCAAUGCUCAUUGUUGGUCCAGUGACAUGUUUGUCUUCACAAACAAUUAAGUGGCCGUGGUACUUGGCCUAAUCUUUAAAAAUAUCAUACAGAGAACAUGGGAAAAUUUAAAUCGUGUUUUCUUUCAGAGGGAAUGUGCUAAACAGGAAGGCCACAGUGAUUUGCCAAAAAUGUUACUUAAUCAGUUAUUCAGUUAUACAGAUUAGUACUCCUCGUGUCUCAACCUGAAUAACGAACUGUAUUGAGAAAUAUCCACUGGUGGUACAAAGCUUCCAAUGGCUGUCAGAAUUAAAACUAAAAGGUACUGACCUGGUGUGCUAAACACUACUACUAAACAGGGCUAGUGUUGCGAGGAUGCCUUCUCAUCCACUAAACUAUGUAUGAAACGUGUUUCGUUAUUCAGGAAGAAUGGUAACAUGGGUUCUUGCUACUUUGGGGUACCUGGUCCAUGAGGUUGUGCUCUUCCUAGUAUAGAUAAGAUGCUCAAAUUUGGUUUGUCCCCUUUUCCAUUGUUUUGCUGUCUCCUGGUGCUCCUCCUACCUCUCCCAGCGCUCUUUCAGUGUUUCUUUUUCUAGCUCUGCUUCUUCUCCCCAAAUCGUCUCUGGUUUCCCCUAAGGUUCAGUCCUUGGUCCCCUAAUGUUCUCCAUUUAUACUGCCUCCCUUGGUAAACUCAUUAGCUCCUUUGGCUUCCAAUAUAAUUUCUAUGUAGAUGACACAAAUUUAUCUGUCCUCCACUGAUUUCUCACCACUCCUCUUGACUUGUGUCUCUUACUGCCUCUGCUAUUUCGAGCUGGAUGACUGCUAUUUUUCUUAAACUGAACCUGUCCAAAACAGAACUUCUGGUAUUCCCUCCCUCAAGUGUUGCUACUCCCACAUUGUGCGCAUCCGACCCUACAUAACGCCAGAUGCGACUAAGGUGCUGGUCCAUUCCACUGUCCUUUCUCACCUUGACUACUGUAAUCCGCUUCUCAGUGGUCUUGCGUGCUACCAACUAGUGCCGUUACAGUCUAAUCAAUGUGGCAGCGAGGCUCAUCUUCCUGUCCUCCCACGCCUCACCAUUCUGUUAGUCCCUACAUUGGCUUCCUAUAAGAUAUAUAGAGCUCAAUAUAAAAUUCUGGUUCUUGCUUUCAAAUCUCUAUAUAAUGCUGCUCCCACUUAUCUAUCCUCCCUAAUACACAAGUAUGUCCUGUCUAGGCCCUUUAGCUCUGCUGAAGACCCACGUAUAUCCUCUGUCCGUACUCCCACUUCUGAUGCUCGCCUUCAAGACUUCUCGAGGGCUGCACCGUUCCUGUGGAACUCUCUCUUCCCUCCUCCGUUAGAUGCUCACCCAGUCUCCAAUCUUUCAACAAAAUCAUUAAAAACCCACUUCUUCAUAAAAGUGUAUAUAUUAAACUGUUAAUAGCUCCUGACUUGUUCCUCUCCUGCAACUGUCAUUAGUCUAAUACUUCCCUUACCUUUUGUGACACUUUACCCCACUCCCUCUAGCAUUUAAGCUCACCGAGCAGGGCCCUCAACCCCUCUGUUCCUGUUUAUCCAACUUGUCUGGUUACAACCACAUGUUUGUUCAUCCACUCACUGUAAACACAAACAUGUAUUCCAGACCCUAUGUGUUAAAACCACCAUCUGCUUUCCCUCCCCCACUAUGCUCUCUUGCCUAUGUUUCACAUAGGAUUGGCAGAGACUGUCAAGGAGACCGAUCAGGGACAGAUUACAUUCAAUCAAUGCAUUAAUUGAAUCAAUGGGUCUCUAUGAGGAAAGUUCAGUGUCUGCAUGCAGAGGGUGGAGACACUGGCAGUGCUGUACACUGUGCAGCACUGCCCCAGGAAGCACCUGUAGUAGCUAUCACUAGGCUGUAAUGUAAACACUGCAUUUUUGCUGAAAAGACAGUGUUUACUGCAAAAAGCCUGAGGGAAUGAUUCUACUCACUAGAACAAAUACAAUAAGCUGUAGUUAUUUGGGUGUCUAUAGUGUCCCUUUAAAUCUUUUUAUUCUUUAUUUCUUGCUGUCUAAAUAUAGCUAGGUAUAUUUAGAUUUGAGGGUCAUAUUUUGCAUCUCAACUGUUUCAAACUCGCACCUCUGCAACCUAUCUUUAGAAAGGUCCCUUUAUUUUGCAUCCAUGGGAUCUAAAUGUUGACCUUGAUGUGGAGGACUGGUGAGAAAUCUUGACAAACAAAUUGUAGCUACAUUGUUGGCCUCAAUUACAAUAAACAUGUAAAUUAUAACUCCUUCUUGCCAGCAAUUUUUAACACACAAAAUAAUCUGAAUCCUUUUGUUAGAAACCCUUAUAUACACACAGAAAAAUAUAUAUAAACACACUUGUUUUUGCCCCCAUUUUUCAUGAGCUGAACUCAAAGAUUUAACACUUUUUCUAUGUACACAAAAGGCCUAUUUCUCUCAAACAUUGUUCACAAAUCUGUCUAAAUCUGUGUUAGGGAGAACUUCUCCUCCUUUGCUGAGAUAAUCCAUCCACCGCACAGAUGUGGUAUAUCAAGAUGCUCAUUAGACUGCAUGAUUAUUGCACAGGUGUGCCUUAGCCUGGCCACAAUAAAAGGCCACUCUAAAAUGUGCAGUUCUAUCACACAGCACAAUGCCACAUGUCGCAAGUUGGGAGGGAGCAUGCAAUUGGCAUUCUGACUGCAUGUUAUAUUGCAUCUAACCUGCCUCACAACUGCAGACCACGUGUAACCACACCACACCACACCAGCCCAGGACCUCCACAUCCAGCAUCUUCACUUCCAAUAUCGUCUGAGACCAGCCACCCGGACAACUGCUGCAACAAUUGGUUUGCAUAACCAAAGAACUUCUGCACAAACAGAAAUUGUCUCAGGGAAGCUCAUCUGCAUGCUCGUCGUCCUCAUCGGGGUUUCGACCUGACUGCAGUUUGUCGUAACCAACUUGAGUGGGCAAAUGCUCAUAUUCGAUGCACCUGGCACUUUGGAGAGGUGUUAUCUUCUCUUCACUGUUUCCACUGUACAGGGCAGAUGGUGGAUAGCAUGUAUGGCGUCGUGUGGGUGAGCAGUUUGCUGAUGUUAAUGUUGAGGAUAGUGGCCCAUGGAGGCGCUGGGGUUAUGGUAUGGGCAGGCUUAUGUUAUGGACAACUAACACCGAUGCAUUUUAUUGGUAGCAUUUUGAAUGCACAGAUACCGUGAUGAGAUCCUGAGGCCCAUUGUUAUGCCAUUUAUCCAGGACCAUCACCUCAUGUUGCAGCAUAAUGCGAGGCCCAUUGUUGCAAGGAUCUUUACACAAUUCCUGGAAGCUUAAAACCUUCCCAGUUCUUGCAUGGCCAGCAUACUCACCGGACAUGUCACCCGUUGAGUAUGUUUGGGAUGCUCUAGAUAGGCAUAUACAACUGUUCCAGGUCCUGCCAGUUUCCAGCAAAUUCGCACAGCCAUUGAAGAGGAGUGGACCAACAUUCCACAGGCCACAGUCAACAUCCUGAUCAACUCUAUGCGAAGGAGAUGUGUUGCACUGUGUGAGUCAAAUGGUGGUCACACCAGAUACUGACUGGUUUUUGGACUCCCCAAUACAGUGAAACUGCGCAUUUUAGAGUGGCUUUUUUUUUUUUAUUUAAUUUUUUUUUUAUUCUUUAUUGAAGAAUUUAUUUUAUCAUACAGUACAUAAAAGACAUAUAAAUACAGAAAAUGUGUUCUUUUGUGUAAUUAGCUUAUACACAUUAGUCCUAUUUUUGUUAUAGAAUAUUCAUCGCUAAAUAACAAUCAAUUGGUAAGUCUAGAAUACCAAUAUCAUUCAUCCUAACACAUCAAACAUCCUUUCAGAGUAGGUUUAUCACUUCUGUAUAAUAAAGGUUGAGCACAUAUUGUCUUAUUUUGGGUUAAUACUAUAUUGCAAUUAUUUUAUCUAGCCAUAAUUUAUAUCUAUUUCUAUUUUUAAAUAUAGUAGUGAACUGUGUGAUGCAACAUCAACCCAGUCAGAGGUGGAGCGCUGAGACAAUUAUAAAUAACUCACCAUCCCCCUCUCCUUUUGGAGUAUAUUGAGACCUAGAGAUGGGGAUAUAAGGUGGAACUACAAUAGUGAAGUACUGUAGAGUAGUGAUAGAGAAAAAAUGCAAGUGUAUAGAACCACUCACUUGGUACUGAGCCUUAACAGGACAGGCUCAGGUCACUUGAGCAGGUGUGUAUAUCUGGCAACACAAACCAAACAAUAGAUGGGAAAACUUCUGAAUCCUUUAGGAAUAAAAGAGGCCAGACAUGGUGUAGUAUGAAGGUGAAUAGUAAUUGUAGUGAUAAAAUAUAUCAAACUGCUCACCUGAUUCAGAGCCAAUGACUCGGGCUCUGAGUUUAAAAACGUAGGUACCACUAAGGGGGGUACCAAACCCUGCAAUGGUAAUUAGGAACACAACUUACGUCCAGGUAUAGGAUAUAAAAAGUAAAUUUAUUCUAUACAAUGAAAACUAAAAAAUAUAAAUAUCAAUAAAAAAAUAUAGUAAGAAUCCUCCUGGAUGUCCGAGACGCGUUUCGCCGGUAGGCUUCAUCAGUCGGUGUGUUCCUAUGCUGCUGUUCUUUUUAUAGCCGGAUAAGAGUUCCGUGAUUCCAAAUCAAUUGCGGCUGUGUUCCGCUUUCGUCAUUUCCGCUUGCGUCAUCCUACAGCGCGGUCACUUGUUCGUGUCCAUAUGUCUAUUAAGACUGCUGGCGCCAUAUUGGAAAAGGGCAAAGAGCGUCUAUAUACACAUAUAUCGUUUCUCGGAUCGAGAAAUGACCGGAAAGAGCAGAAUAUGUAGACAUAUGAUUAAUAUCAAAAAUAAAAAACUUUGUUUUCAUUAAACACCAUUUAUAAGGGAAUUCUUUCUAUAUUCAUAUAUAGAUUUUUUCCAAUAAUUCAUCUUAUAGCUUAGUCUGUAUGGGUUAUGGUUCUAUUUAAACUAAUUAAGAAAUAUUAAAUUUAAAUAUAAAUUAAGAUCUUUUUGAGCCAAAUUGCCUAUAUUAAAUCCAAGGAUUUUUUGAAAUAUUCAGGAUAAAAUAAUCAUAAGUGUAGUUGAGUUAUUCCUAUUGUAAUUCCCCUGUACUUUGUCAUUAUUAAAUAUAGGUAGGAUCAGAUAUGUAUUACCACAUUAAAUACAACCCAAAUGCAAAUACAUAUAUCAAAGAGUCAUGAAUUAAAACGCCUCCAUAUACCUAUGGGUGUAUAUGCACACUUAUGUACACAUGUAUACGAUCUUAUUUGUCUUAUAAAAAAUGGCAGCUCAAAAUCGCUAUUUAAUCCAUGAGGUAGCAAAGUAUUUAAAGUAAAAAUCCACCUCAUUUCAGUACGACCUAUGUGCUGUACCAGGUCCUCACCUCUCCAAUUGGGAGUGAUUUUUUGUAUUCCCAUAAAUUGGAUGUUUGUAGGGUCUUUAUUAUGUUUUUUAGAGAAGUGUAGGGAAAGGCUAUGCUUAUCAAAUCCAUUGCGAAUAUUUCUAACAUGUUCUUGAAUACGUAUAUACAGGGGACGUAUAGUGCGUCCUACAUAUAUCAAACCACAAGGACAUGAAAUUGUAUAUAUUACUUUUUUUGAAUGGCAUGUAAUUAGUUCAUUGAUUUUAAACAUUUGAUUUAGGUUCUUUGGAUGUGAGAAUGUUGUAAUGUCUUUUUUUUAUUUUGAGUAUUUUUUACAGGCUAUACAACUUCCGCAUCCAAAAAAACCUUUCGCAUUAUUUAGAAAAUGUGUAUUUUCCUUUUUUCUUAUAUGGUUACGUACUAAUGUUCUAUUGAGGUUUGGAACUCCUCGAUAGAUUACAGUAGGUUUUUCUGAAUGAAUGAAUUAUUGGAAAAAAUCUAUAUAUGAAUAUAGAAAGAAUUCCCUUAUAAAUGGUGUUUAAUGAAAACAAAGUUUUUUAUUUUUGAUAUUAAUCAUAUGUCUACAUAUUCUGCUCUUUCCGGUCAUUUCUCGAUCCGAGAAACGAUAUAUGUGUAUAUAGACGCUCUUUGCCCUUUUCCAAUAUGGCGCCAGCAGUCUUAAUAGACAUAUGGACACGAACAAGUGACCGCGCUGUAGGAUGACGCAAGCGGAAAUGACGAAAGCGGAACACAACCGCAAUUGAUUUGGAAUCACGGAACUCUUAUCCGGCUAUAAAAAGAACAGCAGCAUAGGAACACACCGACUGAUGAAGCCUACCGGCGAAACACGUCUCGGACGUCCAGGAGGAUUCUUACUACAUUUUUUUGAUAUUUAUAUUUUUUAGUUUUCAUUGUAUAGAAUAAAUUUACUUUUUAUAUCCUAUACCUGGACGUAAGUUGUGUUCCUAAUUACCAUUGCAGGGUUUGGUACCCCCCUUAGUGGUACCUACGUUUUUAAACUCAGAGCCCGAGUCAUUGGCUCUGAAUCAGGUGAGCAGUUUGAUAUAUUUUAUCACUACAAUUACUAUUCACCUUCAUACUACACCAUGUCUGGCCUCUUUUAUUCCUAAAGGAUUCAGAAGUUUUCCCAUCUAUUGUUUGGUUUGUGUUGCCAGAUAUACACACCUGCUCAAGUGACCUGAGCCUGUCCUGUUAAGGCUCAGUACCAAGUGAGUGGUUCUAUACACUUGCAUUUUUUCUCUAUCACUACUCUACAGUACUUCACUAUUGUAGUUCCACCUUAUAUCCCCAUCUUUGGUCUCAAUAUACUCCAAAAGGAGAGGGGGAUGGUGAGUUAUUUAUAAUUCUCAGCGCUCCACCUCUGACUGGGUUGAUGUUGCAUCACACAGUUCACUACUAUACCUUGUAUUUUUGUGUCAAUUAGUGAGAGAAUUGCACAUUGGUGGUAGCAGCUUAUAUAAUCAUUUAUAUAGAAUUUCUUAAGCGCCUUAAAACACAAUAUCACUUCUAUUCUAUUUUUAAAUAUAUUUGGUGUGCUCAAUGGGAGAUCAAUUUCCAUGGAUAAUUGGAAUUUGAUUUGGUUGAACAAAUCAGUUUUUUUUUAAAUGGAGUGGAAGACCUCCAGUUCCAAGCAAUCAGAAUCUUUGCGGCUACCAUGCAAUGCAUGGCUAAACAGAUAUGAUUAGUAUUCUUUAAGUUCCAUUUUAUAUGGAGAAGAGCGGUUGCACGGGUUCUUUCUUACUUGAUAUCCGUUAACUUUAAAAAUAUGCUAAAAACCCAUUUCCAUAAACCCUUAACUAUAGGGCACGACCACCAGAUAUGAAUAUCUGAACUUGAGUAGUUGCCACAUCUCCAACAUUUUGAAUCAUAUUGUGGAAACAUCUUAGAGAGUCUCAUUGGGGUAUAAUACCAUUUAUACAUUAAAGUGAACCAAAGUGAAUCUAGUAUGAACUGGGUAUGAAUCCAGACCUUACUAGUCAAAUGAGUGAAGCGCUAUAUAUUUUCACUUACCCUAAUUUAGGGUUAAAUCUCAGAUGUAUGUUGAUACAUAGAAGUAAAGAAAACACAAUACAACACAAUAUAGUGUAAAUCUGUAAAUAAUGGGGAUUUUUGAUGUUAUAACAAUGGUCAAACUCACAUGGAAUAGAGCCUCAAACAGAACAUGCUCAAGUCACUUUCACCGUAGUGUCGUAAGGAGACACUGCACCCUUUGACUGGAUUAAAAUUUCCUCAAAGAAAGAAAAAAGGAAAAAAAGGGGAGAAGCCCCCUAGUGUACUAUGUUUUGACUUAGUGGUUACACACACAGUAGUUAUAGUGGUGCUCACCUUCUUUUGAGCCAAUGAGAACCUGGCUCUGGAUGGUAGAUUUAGGUGCCUCUGGAGGGGGGCACCAGCCCUUCUUUUAGCAGCAAGGCAAAGUAGGAAGCCAAUGGGAUAUAGUAAAAAAUAAUAAAUUUAUUCUAAGUUUUAAAAUCAAAAAGAAUAAUAAAACAAUGUAGAAACAAAUAUAAAAUAUAAGUCCCAAUAAAUGACUUCAAAUCCGAAACGCGUUUCACCCACGUCCUGUGGGCUUUUUCAAUCGGCUCUUCUUUUCUUCAUUACCCUGCUGUUUAAGUUUGCCGGUCUUCUUUCCGAUAGGUGGUUCUUCAUAAGUUUAGUCCAAUCACAUAGCUGCAUAUAGUGAGGUGGGAUACCUCACCUGUAGUCCUUCAGGGUGAUCGGAACUGGCGCGGUCUCCCAGUCCUCGUCAUUUCCGCUUUCACCGCGGCCAUUUUUCUUGUGGGAAAGUUCCCUGAAUUAAAUACCGGAAGUGACGCGACGGAAUCAAUCCGUUAGUCAUUUCCAACUCAGGCCGUUUUACUGGCAAAUUUAAUGUAUAAUCUGCCCACACUUUCUUAUGGGAAAACUCCCAUCACAGGUAUCCAAAUGGAGGAGUAAAACAUUUUACAAAUAGCCAGAAAAAAGGGGAAAGAAGGGGAAAAAGAGGGACAUAUAAACAUUUAGUACAUAAUUCAUCACCUAAACAGUGACAAUGUCAACUUCAGAAUAUAAACCAAAAAGUGCUCAUAAUUUCAGACUUAAUAUAUAUACCCUCAAAUGUAUAUCAUCUGCUCCCUUCUAUUUUCAUAUGUAAAAUUGUAUAAAGAUAAACAAAAAAGAAUUUAGGCAGAUGUUAACAGACUACAUAUAUAUAGAAUGAAUAUACAUAUGGUAAAAUAAACCAUUUUUUAAAAAUCCCCCCCUUUCCUAUUCCUUUUCCCUUAUUGUUUUAUAUAAAUAGUUGACAUUAUCUUGUAUAAUAUAUAUACAUAGAAUAUAGAAUAUUAUAUUUAAUGAUCUAUAUCUUUUUUCAGAAGGAACAGGUGGAGUAGGAUAACAUAUAAAAUUAGAUGAAGUGGCAUAUCUCAAAAUCACUAUUAAGUCCACCUGGAAUCAAGGUGUUUAUACAUUAGUUUAAACUGACAUUCGACUAAAUUUAGACUGUUUUUAUUUGUAUUAGAUAGAGAAAGGCACCACUCGUAGUCAGAUAUUUCUAGUCCCAAUUUUUUUUCCCACCCCUUUAUAAUUUUAUAUGGUUUAUCAUUUAGGGUAUCUAUACGGAGAUUAGCUCUUGUGGUAACUUUAUUAAUCGUUUUAUAUGAAAAAAUAUUUUCGACCGGGGAUGAAAUUAUCUGAGAAGAUUUAAUGACCUUUUUUUCUAAGAUAUUUUUAAGUCUUAAAUAGGUCAAGAUUUCUCUACUAGGAACUUGGUAUUUGUCUACUAUUUCUUGAAAAGACAAUAUUUUGUCUCCCCGCAUUAUAUAGGAGAGUCUGAUUGUAUCAUUAUUUGGCCAUAAUCUUAAUGAGAGGUUCUCUACAUUUUGUUCUAAUAGAUUUAGCUUGCAUGUUUUUGGUAUGCAUUGUGUUAUACCCAAUAAUUUUAUUUCUUCCCAUGCUUCCAGUAAAUGUUGUUAUAUUGUGGAAUUAGUGUAUCAGAUCAUUAAUUUUUUUCCUACUAUCUCUCCAUAUAUAUUGUUCUAAUUUAUUUGUUCCAGCCUCCUCUGCUUCAGCAAAAAAACAAGGUUCUAUUGCAAUUUGAUUGUCUUGUAGUUUAUAUAUAUGUCUGAUUAUAUUAGUGUAGUAAUUAUGUUUGGGAAGUUUAGGCCUCCUUUGCAAAAUUUCUUCGAUAGGGUCUUUAGGCUUGUUUCCUCCCCCAAAUAAAAGCAGAGAAACUAGCCUGGAUCAUGUCCAGCCAACUCUUAGGCAUUUUGAGUGGUAUCACGGAGAACAAAUAUAAAAAUUUUGGCAAUAUAUAGGAAUUAAUAUUAAUUUUUCCCAUCCACAAGGUUUUUAGAUUUUUUCCAUUUUAAGAUUUUUAUUAGUAUGCCUUAAUAAUUCUAAGACUUUUAAUUCCAUUGUAUUUGAUACCUUAGUAGGUACUACAAUGCCUAGGUAGUUAAUUUGCUUAUUUUUCCAAAUAAAAUCAUAUUUUUUACUUAGUUUUUCCACAUCCUGAUUAUUCAUAUUUAUAUACAUUGCAGGAGAUUUUGUAACAUUUAUUUAAAAAUUUGAUACUGCACUAUAAUUGUCGAUCUCUUGGAUCAAAUGCUUUAGUGAGACCUCUGGAGAGGUAAUUAUGAUUGUAUCCUCUGCAGACAUUGAGAUUUUUAUAUCUCCAUUCUUAGUGCUAUAGCCCUUAAUAUCCAUUAUCUCUUGUAUUUACAACAAAGGUGAUAAGGGGCAACCUUGUCUGGUCCCGUUCUUUAGGUCAAACUAGCCAGCGGAUAUAUUUGGACCUAUAGUUCUAGUUGAUGAGGCAGAAUACAUAGCCAUCAUUGCUGUGUGUAUCCAUCCGUUGAGCCCAAAAGCUUUCAAGACUUCCUCAAGGUAUCCCCACCCAACCCUGUCAAACGCUUUCUCUGCGUCCAGUGACGGGGCUAGGAGGGGAAUUCCUUUCCUAUUUGCCUGAUCCAAGAUAUCCAACAACAUUCUCACAUUAUUAGUUGAUGAUCUGCCUGAAAUAAAACCAAUUCGAUCUUGGUGAAUUAUUUUAGUAAUUAUUUUUAAUCUUUCCGCUAAGAUGGCGGCAUAGAUUUUCAUAUCAAUGUUUAUCAAUGAGAUAGGUCUAUUAUUGCUAACUUCUUUAGCAUCUUUCUGAGAUUUUAAAAUUGGUAUUAAGUUAGAUUGAAGAUGUUCUUUAGGAAUUCGUAUGUUAUCCGCUAUCAUUUAGUCAAAAUGGGUUUAAUUAGUUUAUAGUAGAGAUUGGUAAAUCCAUCUGGUCCCGGAGUUUUGUUCAAUUCUAGUCUAUCAAUUCGAUAUUCAACUUCCGCUAAGGAAAAAAAUUUUAUUUAAUGUUUCCAGAUCUAGUGCAGUGACUUUUGGUAUCUUAGUAGUUAAUAAAUACUUUUGGAUGUCUGAGAUUUUCAAAUUAAUAAGAUUAUAUAAACCACUAUAGUAUUCGUUGAAAUUUUUUCCCAAUUUGUUGUGGUGAUGUGUAGAUAUUGGGUCCCUCCACCAGUUUAUCUACCCUAAUUCUAGAAUUUUGUUGUUGUAGUUUUUUAAGUUAGAUUUGUAUUGGCUCUAUUGCCUGUAUAAUAGUUAUUUAGCCUUAAUUUAUUUGUUUUAAUGUUUUUUCUUCCAAUUUAUUUAUUUUAUUCUGUAGUUCUGUUAAUAUUUUUCUUUCGGAAGUUGAUUGUCUUUUGUUCAAAUUUGAUACAUUAUAGUAUGUUAUAUAUGUCGGCUAAGUUCUUGCCACUAUUCUUUUUCUCCAUAUGCCCUAAUUUAAUUAAAUAUCCUCUCAUCGCCGCUUUCUGUGUACACCAAUUUAUCGCUUGUGAGGUUUGUUGGGAAUCGUUCUCGUCAAAGAACAAUUUUAGUAGUUUAGUUAGAUCAUCUCUGUUUUUAUCAUUCUUGAUAAGCAUAUCAUUUAAUCUCCAAGUGGUCAUACCAUAAGAUUGUGAUUUACCAAGCUCCACUAUUAAAAAGCUAUGAUCAGACCAAGAGUUGUCUUUUAUUUUAAUUUUGUUAGCGAGAAUUAACGAAUUAGCAUUAAUUAAACCUAAAUCGAUUCUAGAGUAAGAGCCAUGAACAUUUGAUAAGUGUGUAUAAUCCCUGUCUACAGGGUGGAGAACUCUCCAUACAUCAUAUAAGUCAUAAUUUUUACACAUAUUUAUCAACUUAGUGGAUUGUUUAAUUACUCUUUUUUAUCAGGCUUAGUUAGUAUCUGAUAGGCCUUGUCCAUCUUGGGAUCAGGUACACAGUUAAAGUCCCCUGCUAUAAUUAGGGUACCCUUUAAAACCUUAUGGACCUUAACCAUUAUAUUCGAGAAUGGAGACAUGGGAUCAACAUUUGGCAGGUAGAUGUUAACUAAAGUAAAUGGUUUAUCUAUAUUGCAGACCAAAAUUAAGUAUCUAGCUUCCUUAUCUGCCUCUUGAUAUAGAAUAUCAACUUUGAUUUCUUUGGGGGAAAAAAAUUGCUACGCCCCCUUUUUUAUUUUUAUUUUUUUGGAUAGAGAUGCUUGUCUGAUUACUGGAAAUUGCAACCCUCCCCAUUUCUGCUGGACACCUUGCAACCAAUGGGUUUCUUGUAUGAAACCCAAUUGGAUAUUUUCUUCUAUUAAGGAAUUGUAUAGCAUGUUUUUUUUUUUUUUUUAAUAGUAUUAAGACCCUGUACGUUUAUAGACAUUAAUUUACCCAUUUGUGCAACAAGUUUUCAUUAUUUUUAAAAGACCUACUCUGAAAACUACUUAAACAAAAAAAAAGCCUUUCAUACUUAAAUGACCCGUCCCUUCUGGAGACGUCACUUACACACACCUCGUGAGUUCCUUGGAACCACGUUCCUUUAAAUCCCUCGUUAAACAUUUAGUCACAAGGGAAAACAAUGUAGGAUCCCUACAUAAAGUGGGGCAAACCCCGUAGGAAAGGUUUAAGAUCACCUUAUAAUUAUUUUCCCCUUACAUCUUUCCCUCCCCUUAAGCUCUCCUCGCAAAAAAAAUAAAUCAUUUAAUAUUUCAGUGUACUCCGUGAUUGUCUUAAUUGGCAUUCAAGUGAUGUACUUAAUUUUAUUUAUUAUGCUAAGGUUUUGUAUUUAUUCAACAGAAAGAGUCCAUUGUUUAUAUUUUGUAUUUUCAAUUUUCUCUUUUCUUUGCCCUCCUCUCCCCCAUCUAACACCCUCCCCUACCCCGUCGUCCUCAUCCAUCUUACAAAUAUUUUACCCUGAUUUGUCUAUUAUUAUUAUUUUUUUUAAUUGUUAGAAAAUAGCAAUUGAGGAACUUGGAAAAUACCUUAAGUAGUGACAAUGUGUUACGUUAAGUGAACAAGUGACUGUAUUUGUAAUCUGUUAUUUAGUAUACAGGCUGCAAAUCAGCCUUUUAUUGCACCCUAAUAUAUUCUACCUAUAGCACUCCAUAUCACAAUCACAAUAAUUAUCCUUUGAUUUCACAUAAAUAAACUUAGUGUCUUAACUUUGGACUUUUUCCAACAAAUUUAGUGAAUAUUUGAUUUGACAGAAUUUUUUUUUAUAAUUCAAUUUUAAUCUCAAAUAGAGAAGAUAUUUAUCAAAAAAUCGUGCCCUUAUUUUUGUGUUAUUUUGGGAUUAUAUUUUUCUCUCCUGAAGUUUAUCACUGCAUCACUAAUUAUGUGAGACUAUGACACUUCAGAAAGAGAGAGACGGAAGAAGAAAAAAAACAAUAUAUUUACCAUGCCUUAAUCUCAAAUUAAUCAUUGCAAUGUUUUUCCUUUUAGCCACCCUUCUAAUUUCACAUUUGAAUCAAACACAUCUAUUUUACCUUCACAAGUAACACUUCAUUUUUGUGGAUAUAACCAUCUAAAUUUUGGCAUGUUUCCUGAGAAUUUGUAUUGCUGUACUGAAAGUUUUCCUUUUCAUUCUAGUAUUAUAUGAUAGAUCUGGGAAUGCUAUUACUUUUUGAUAACACCCUGUUUUGAUGAAUUUACCCCUAGCCGUUUUUAAAACCUUUUCUUUACAUUCAAAUGAGUAAAAGGAUGCUAUAAUGUCUCUUGGCGCUUCCGCCGGAAUAUUUUGUGGACAUCUGUGACAUCUCUCGAUUAUUUCUUUGUGUUCCUUAAAUGUUAGACCAAGAGCAAUAAAGUAUUCCUUUAGGGACUGUUUGAGAUCCUCAGGCCUGCUGGUUUCUUCAAAAUUUCUGAAACGUAGAUUUCUCCUUCUCAGACGGUCUUCCAUAUCAAUUGUUUUUUUAUUAGAGUUCUGUUAGCUUUUGUAGAACUUUAUCAUUCUCUUCUUUUAGUUUAUUGACCUGAAAAUCCAAAUCUGUGAAUUGAUCUUCAAACUUUUGCAUUUUUAUUGCUAGUAAGUCUUUCAUGUUUACUAUCCGGUUUUAUCUCCAAAGAGUUGGUUUCCAUUUCUUUCUUAAAGGAACACUAUAGUCACCUAAAUUACUUUUGCUAAAUAAAGCAGUUUUAGUGUAUAGAUCAUUCCCCUGCAAUUUCACUGCUCAAUUCACUGUCAUUUAGGAGUUAAAUCACUUUGUUUCUGUUUAUGCAGCCCUAGCCACACCUCCCCUGGCUAUGAUUGACAGAGCCUGCAUGAAAAAAAAAACUAGUUUCACUUUCAAACAGAUGUAAUUUACCUUAAAUAAUUGUAUCUCAAUCUCUAAAUUGAACUUUAAUCACAUACAGGAGGCUCUUGCAGGGUCUAGCAAGCUAUUAAAUAGCAGGGGAUAAGAAAAUCUUAAUUAAACAGAACUUGCAAUAAAGAAAGCCUAAAUAGGGCUCUCGUUACAGGAAGUGUUUAUGGAAGGCUGUGCAAGUCACAUGCAGGGAGGUGUGACUAGGGUUCAUAAACAAAGGGAUUUAACUCCUAAAUGGCAGAGGAUUGAGCAGUGAAGCUGCAGGGGCAUGUUCUAUACCCCAAAACUGCUUCAUUAAGCUAAAGUUGUUCAGGUGACUAUAGUGUCCAUUUAAUUUCCGUCAGCAUAUCUCUCAAAAUGACUUCCAAUUGAUUUAUUGUGACCAUUUCUUUGUAAUUUUUUUAUCAUCCACUUCCAAACAUAUGAGACUUAUAUUUGAUUCUUCCAUAAUCUGUUUAGUAUUUUUUAAUAUCUCUCUCUGCUGUUGCGGCGAGAAGUAUGUUGAUGGGUUUUUAUCUUGUACAGAUUUAUUUUUUUUUUUUUAAAUCUUUUUUAGUAUUUGUUUUGGAGUCUUGAGUUUUCUUGGAGGCCACUAUUCGGCUUGUUAAUUGAUUUGUAAGAGGGUCAACUCCUUCUCCCUUUCCUCUCCCUCUAUUUCUUUAUUUCCCCCUUGUUUUCUCCACUCUGUUUCUUUGAUGUAAGGUUAGUUUUCAAAGCACCUUAUUUAGUAAUAUAGACACAAUCAAUUUAUCAUUUACUCUAUUGUGAGCUUAGAUAAUUAGUUAUUAAACCAGCUCUGUGCCUGGGUUGUGUGGAUAUGACUCUAUUAACAUUUAAGAUCUUGUAACAAUGGGAUUAUUAACCCCUUAAAUCUUUGGAGUUAGUUGUUAUUCCAAUACUCAGUGUAUUCAGUAUCCAGCAUAUAUUUUUAUGCAGCUAUUAUCGGUUUAGUUUUAGUUAUUUGUAUUACUGCGUAUUUACAAAAGUAAGUUAUAAGCCUGGAGCAUAGCAUCACGUUUGAUUAGUAUGUACUUGCUGUUCACUCGGACUGCGGUUUUUUUAUUUUUUGUUUUUUUCCAGCAAGUUGUGUUCUGACUUUGCCGUCUGGAUUACAUGCAGCAACGGGUAUACCCAGGUGGAAUCUUGUUUGGCAUGGAAUCUCUGAGCGGAGAAAGCAGUAGAGGGAGAUUAUCAGAAAGGGAGUCUCAGGAACUUGUUGCCAUGCUCCUCUCCAUGGCAGUCGCCCCUCCUCUUCCGUCACCAUUGUGUCCAGCCUAAGGCACACCUGUGCAAUAAUCAUCUUGAUAUGCCGCACCUGUGAGGUGGAUGGAUUAUCUCAGCAAAGGAGAAAUGCUCACUAACACAGAUUUGUGAACAAUAUUUGAGAGAAAUGGACCUUUUGUGUACGUAGAAAAAGUCUUAGAUCUUUGAGUUCAGCUCAUGAAAAAUGGGGGCAAAAACAAGUGUUGCGUUUAUAAUUUUGUUCAGUUUAUAACCAGUAUUAUUAUUUACAUAGUGCCAGCUUUUGUAACCAUACAGUUUGACGCACAGAAACAAAGAGAUUGAGGGCCCUGCUCAAUGAGCUUACAUGCUAGAGGGAUUCGGGUAUAGUGACACAAAAGGUAGGGUAGAAAAGUAGGUUGCUGGGAUAGUAUUAAUUGAGGGAUUAGAGUUUUGUUUUGCUGAGUUUCAUGGGAGGAAUUGGGGUGUGGGGAGGGAAAGCUUUUCAGUUUAAUUUGCUUUCCUAAAGCAAGUUUUCAAAGAUUUUUGGAAGGACUAGAGACUGGGUGAGAGUCUUACAGAGAAGGGAUGGACGUUCCAUCGGAAUGGUGCAGCCCUAGAGAAGUCUUGAAGGUGAGUAUCAGAGGUAGGAGUACGUACAGAGGUUAGACGUAGGUCUCCGGCAGAGUGUAGUGGCGUAGUUGGGACAUAUUUGUGUAUUAGUGAGGAUAAGUAGGUGGGAGCAGCAUUGUGUAGAGCUUUGUAAGCAAGUGUCAGGAUCCUUAAUUGAGCCCUAUAUCUUAUGGGAAGCCAAUUGAGGGACUGACCAAGGGGGGAGGCGUGGGAGGUGCGGGCGGACAAGAUAAGCCAUGCCACCGCAUUCAUUAUAGACUGUAACAGGGCAAGUUGGGAACACAUAAGACCACUAAGAAGCGGAUUCCAGUACUCAAGGCGAGAGAGGACAGCAUUACCUUUGCCAUAUCAGGUGUUAAAUAGGGUCGGAUGUGCACAAUGUUUUUGAGAUGGAAGCGGCAGGGUUUGGCGAUUGAUUGGACAUGAGGGGUGAAGGAGAGGGCAGAGUCAAAGAGAACACCUAGGCAGCAGGCCUUAAAGGUAGCGCCCUUGACUUGGAGCGACACAGGCAUGGGAGUAGCAACACUUAAACUAAACCUGUCCAAAACAGAACUUCUGGUAUUCCCUCCCUUAAGAAAAAUAACAGCCAUCCAGUUUGAAAUAGCAGAGAGGCAGUAAGAGACACUAGUCAAGAGGGGUGGUGAGAAAUCAGGGGAGGACAGAUAAAUUUGCGUGUAAUCCGCAUAGAAAUGAUACUGGAAGCCGAAGGAGCUAAUGAGUUUACCAAGGGAGGCAGUGUAGAUUGAAAACAAUAGGGGACAAGGACAGACCUUUGGGGAACACCAAAAGACAGGGAUUGGGGAGAAGAGGCAGAGCCAGAGAAAGAAACACUGAAAGAGCGCUGGGAGAGGUAGGAAGAGCACCAGGAGAGACUGUAGACCGAGAUUGCAGAGGAUGAGAAGAAGCUGUUGAUAAAGUGUCAAAAAGCAGCAGAAAGGUCAAGGAGAAUUAGGAUAGAGAAGUGUUCAUGGGAUUUAGCUGUGAUAAGAUCAUUGUAUACUUUGGUCACAGCUGUUUCAACAGAGUGACUAGCGCAGAAUCCAGAUUGAAGUGGGUCAAGCAGAGAGUUGUAUUCGAGGAAGUCUGUCAAUAUUGCAUACACAACUUGCCCAAGGAUCUUGGAGACAAACUGCAGUAGCGAGAGAGCGGUAGUUGAACGGGGAAUUAGGGUCGAGGUUGGGCUUUUUCAGAAUCGGGGUUAUGGUUGCAUGUUUGAAGGUUAGAGGAAAUGUGCAAGAGGAGAGGGAGAGAUUGAAAAUUUUAUUGAGGCAGAGCAAGAGGAGGCGACAAAGUGCAAAUUAAAUACGAGUGAAUAGGAUCGAGGGAACAGGUGGUGGGGCGGGAGGAAUGGAGCAGAGCAGAAACAAAUGUGUAGGACAGCUGAUGGAGUGUGGUUAGGGAAAAAGUUUGUAGUGGAUGGAGAGAGAUGAGAUCUCUUCCUUGAUUGUGGAAAUCUUCUCAGUGAAGUGAGUUGCAAAGUUUGUGGGGGGUCAAACCCCAGCACUUCUGCCCAGUUGCUGUGGCUUUACCGGGGCCCUGGAACCGCUCUCUCCCCCUCCUCCCCCAGGCACUGGACGACACUCAGUCCUGGGAGCUCUAGUCCUAACAAAGACUUUCCCCAUUGAAUCCUCCACACUGGAACAGAAAGAGCCCUUUCCCCUCCCAGUAACCAGUAACAUAGUUCUGGGAGUACAAGCUGGAAUGCUUUAAUGGCAGCCACAACUGGCCUUAUAUGUGUCCCCAUGCAAGGGGCACUCCCCCUGGACAUGAGAGUAAACCACAGUAGAAACAAAUACACAAUUACAUUGGCUCUCAGAUCCAGGACACUCCCAUACAUAAUCCGGUAAUCCCUCCUCUGUGCCUGGGAGAUAAUUGGAUUAGAAACUGUAUUAAUCUAAUCCAAUUAUUCUAAGCACAGAAGAAAACAUACUUUUUCCCAAACAUCCCAAAAGUACCCUAAAAAUGAAAACCCACAAAAGUUAUAUCCCCUAAUAGCCCUGAUCUGGGUGACCAACAUAUUAAAAAAUCACCCAGAUGAGUUCAGGGGUUCAGGAAUUUCCUGGAAGUCAUUUGACCGACCGACAGCACACAUGGUCCCAUGUCCAAAACAGUUCCAGAGAAUCAGGGCUUGCAGUCUGUCUAGUUCCAUAGUUUAAAAACCUAACAAACUACCGAACCUAGUCAAUAGUCUUACCCUGGAGCUUGUUCCCCUUAUUCGUGGGAACGUUUUUACCAAACAGUGUCUUUCUAAGUAUUGUCGAACCGAAUGCAGGCGAUCAUGGAAGUCCACCGGUGUUUGGGAGUUUGUCUGAAAAUAGUUACAUGAACCUGAUGACCAAACACAGCUGCCUGGUUUCAUGCGAACAAGAUGACCUUGUGGUCAUCCAUAGGAAUUGCACCCACCCAGAUGAACACUGCGGUGAAAAGUGCUACAAAGUAUCAAUUAGCUUAACAAGCUCCAGGAUGGUCUCCGGUUCGUGAGGCUGUUUGGUUCCCAAACCAUAUAGUCCAAAUAUACGAGCAGAGACUGUUAUAUCACAUUUUACAGGAAUUCCUCCAGGAACUCGUGGCAAACUCGCUUGAAAAGGGGAGUUUGGCGCACCAAUUUUUCCUAAUCUUUUUUUAAAUGUUAUGUUCUAUUUAAUAAAAUCCAUAAUACGGGUUAGAUUUUUUUCUUCUGUUUUUCAUGUGUCUUUUAUUCUUUAACAAUUGGAUCCUGUCUAUAAUCCUUACUUUUUCUAAAUGUAGUUUUGAUUCCUCUUCGUUGUGCACUCUUUCUCCCCAAAAUUAUCUUACUUCACGUCUGUUUCCUAUAUUCUGCAAUGUCAUUGCAGUUUCUUCUGAAUUAUGUGUACCAUUUUUUACCAUGUUGAAUGGUGGCAGCUGCAGAGCAGAGUAAAAUUAAAUGGUCUUCAUGUUGCAGUGAUGGAUGGUUUGGGUCUAAGGAAGUGAGAUGAGAUAGUUACUUAAAAGGAAUUUACUGCUGGGUGUGGCAAGCAGGGUUGGGGGCGGGAGGAGGAAUGGAGCAGGCCAGCCAUUAGUCAUAAACAGUUAAAUAUUUGCUAACCAAAAUUCUAACAGCUAGAUUAACUACAUGUAACCACAAGUACAAAAAUCCAAGUAAUCUUUGAAUAGAAGCACAAUACCCCCCUCUUCAUAUUGUCUUCACUCCUAAUAACCCCUCCUUUGUCAGCAGGUUUAAUUAUUUUAUAAUUUUGCCUCAGUUCUUCUGAUAUUUCGCUCUUGUUGGUCCUCUGAUCCUAGAUCCCGUUAUUAGUGUCUAAAUUUUUUUAAUUGGUCCUUUUUUGUGUUCUAUUCUGGGAGCAAGAUGCCUACCCAUAGGGAUCAGAGUAGGUUUUGCUUCAUUGUCAGAUCAGAGAUUAGGCCUCAUUGUUCUUAAUUUUGAAUUGCCGUGGUUGUAUUUACCAAAGCUCUUUACCUUAUCCAAUUUUUUUUAAUCUUCUAGAUCUCUCAAGGUAAAAGAAUAAGGGCUGUGCCACAUGCAAUAAAAUAGAGUAAAAUAUAAUAGAAAAAAGAUUGGUAGGAUAAAAAUAAAUUUUAAGUAAAUACUGUGAGUCUUAUUCUAAAUAUGCAAAUUGACCCAUAUAAGUUUCUCAUUCAGAAGGUAGGUUCAACUGCAGUUUUUUGUACUUAGGGGGUCUUGCAGUCUUGGGUCUCCGUAUGUGGUUGAGAAGAAACACAAAGAAGACCUAAUAGUGCAGUAAGCCAGGCCUAAAUAGGCCUGUUUUUAAAUAAUAGUAUUGCACUCACAUUUGAGAGAGCUAUCGCCAGCUCUAGUAGGAAUCGCCUAUAGUGGUAUAAUCCCCACUAUUUAGGAUACGGUGGUAGUUGUCUGGAUGCUCAAAGACAAAAAAAAGGCCACAGAUAGUGCUCUCAGUAAGACACCGUAAUUAUAUGAAUAAAAAAAGUUCUACUUACAGACAUAGAGCAGGCUCACUGCUCUGUGGAAUCAGCGUUGGUGGUAUAAUCCCCACCUGUGGAUAUACUUGGGAGUAGUAGUUGAUAGAACAGAAGUAUAAAAUACAAUCCGCUAAUUAUGUAUAAAAGCCAUGGAGGAUAAAUGAGUAAAGAUAUUGGUACAAUAAAAAGUGUUGUAAAACCAAAGUCCUUUAUUACAUUAGAUAAAAAAAAGUUAAAAAUCCAGAUCUCUCAAGUAUAUCUUCUUUUUCAUUAAUCUCAUAUACCAGUUUAUUCAUGUUUGCAAAAAUGCAUUCUGCCCUUACUCUUGUUCCUCUAGAUGGGGUUCUAAACUGUUUGUGUUGUGUUUAUUUAAAAAAAUAUAUAUAUUUUAGUAUCUUUGAUCUGUACUCCAUAAUUAUACUUAUGAAAGUAAAUGAACAAUCUUCCAUGGCUUCAUACCAUUUUUCUUUUGAGUCCCUGGCUUCUAUUGAAAAUGCAGGGUCUUUGAAUAAUCUCAAACCUCUUGGGGUGAUGUUAGCUAUGAUGGUCACUCCCCAUUUCAUUUUCAUUUCUUGUUUUAGUGUGAUGGAAUUCCAGUAAAAUAGAAGUUUAGUAGGUCAAGAUUGCCACGUGACAUAUGUAGGUACAUGUGUUUGUAGUAUCAGUUAGUUACACGUAGCUAAGAUACUGUCAUCAAUGAACUGAGCAUGUGCAGGAAUGUAGGAACUGAAAUCACACUCCUUUCUCCUUUGUUUCGGAUGAACCAUGUGGUCAGACCAUAUGAGCAAGUCCAGACUCUGUUUAUUGAUUGGUUAAGGGUAUGUGUGGGUGUAGCUUAUUAUGGGAGGAGUUAUAUAAGGAAUGUACUCCAUGUGUUCUGGGCUCAGAUCUGUUGUGAAACGUUAGUCCAUCUGAGACCCGAUCGGUACGUGAAUAAAGGCCUCUUACUUCCUGAAUACCUGUGUCCAUAUCUCUGUGUAGCUUCUGCAGUUUGUUCCUGUUAUUCCUCCGGUAACAUUAGGAGUUUUAUUUGAAAAUUCAGUAUAAUCUUUCUAUUAUCCUUGUUUGAAACCUUGUCAUUCACUAUUGUGUCGCCUAAACAUUUGGCAGCAUUUAUGGAUACUUGUCUUCUCAAUUCACGUUUACUUGUAAAAAUGGUCUUUUCUCUGUACCAAUCUUCCUCUUUUCUGUCAUGUCCCCUACUUUCCUUGUCUUUCCCAAAGUGAGGAGAUGAGUGGAGAUAUUAAGCCCUGCCCAAAGCGCACUUAUUUGUACUAACACACACACUCUGUUACGCAAUCUGUCUUAUCACAAAGUCCAUUGUAAAGGCUAUUAUGGUUUGAUUAUCCCACAUUUCAGAAACUUGCACUGCCCUAAACAGAUUGUGAUUAAACAAACCAUUUUAUCUCCAGUUCAACAGUGAAUUCAACUUUGAUAAUGUAUGAAAACACCUGCUUGGGAAAUGGAACAUUCACUGUGUGCUUUGAUAUCUGGAUUGGAUUGAAUCAUAAAUCCUUUUUUAUAUAUAUAUAUAUAUAUAUAUAUAUAUAUAUAUAUAUAUAUAUAUAUAUAUAUAUAUAUAUAUAUAUAUAUAUAUAUAUAUAUAUAUAUAUACCUAUAAUGGAUUUGCAUUAAAGUUUCUCUGUCACCGUUUGGCAACUUUGCAUGAUUUGCACAGAAUCCCGACCGUGAUAUUGCUGCUCGGGGUCCAGUGGCUGAAUUGGUGUGGGCACUGGGAAGCAGCAGGCGUAAGUGAGAUUUACUUACCUGAACCUGUCCCUCCACUGGUGCCACAAUCCUCUUCAACUCCUGGUGCUUCAGCUACCAGGAGCCCAUGCCAGUGCUGUACUCUCACACUUGAGUGAAAGUACAGCAACGAGGUCUAUGGUGGAUCCCGUGAGACAAAAAUUCUUCCAUUGAAAGACCUUCAUUUUCUUACAGCAAUCACUAGCGACAACUGGUGGAAAUGACAAGUCCUUGCUUUGUCUCAAUAUAUCUUUUGACUGGUUGCAAUUUGUGAUAUUCCAACACAGUUAAUGAGUAGGGGGUACCAGUGCAACUUUAAAUUGUACUUAUCACAGUACACACAAAUUUACUUUAAGGAGCAUUACAUUUUAUUCAUACAUAUUUUAAUUUCUUUAAAAAUAAAUCUGGUCACUGCCACACCUGUCAGUCAACCAAUCUGUCAGCCAGAUAAAAGUUAUGGCGUGGAUUAAAUGACCAGGAAAAGCAUAGGAACAAUCAUCCAGGCACUAAUCAUGCUCUCCAUCACAUAUUCUUAAGCAAGUGUUUCUCCAUUCUGAUGCCAACGUGCUGGCAGUGAAGCCAACAUGUCGGCAUAAUUAGAGAAGAUAUCCCUGUAUAACAUUUGCAGCUAGCUUGUUUUAAAUGUCAGAUUUUCUUUGUCUCUUUUCCUUUUACUAACUUUCAACUGAAAAAACUGGGCAUGUAGCAUCAGCAAUCUGAUGUUCCAAAACUCUUCCAUCUUUUGAUGAAAGCUAUAUGGAGCUGCAAACCACAAAAAGAGUAAUGAUUUAUUACACACUUAAAUGAUUUGCAUGAAACUCCUUAAAAUGAGACCCAUGGCAGCUAUAUAUUGGUGAUUGAACAUCCUGAUUUGAUUCGGUCAUCUAAAAGACACACUUUAUCAUUACUAGAAGUAGUAUUAUCCCUUUAUUGUUACUAUCUUUUAAAUAGCAUUGGUCGUUGUGACAUUUAUUUGGGAAAGUGUAUUUAGACCACUGGCUGAAUAAAAGGUGAAUCUGUAGAGUGUUCGUUUUACUAAUAUUGGUAAAACAAAAUGGCAAAUUGAAUACGGUUUCUCCUUUGCCUGUCCGGUAACACUGACUAGAAGGCCAGGGAGUGUCUUUCCUUUUCAGCACUUUUCAUGGGCAUUAUAGCAUAAAGUAUGUAAUAACAAACACGUCAGCAUUAUUAGCAUUGCAUUUGCCCCCUUUUUUGGUGGAUUGAUGGGAGGGUAAUGAACUUCAAGGUCAUCUUUCAAUGUUAAAACAAGUGUUUUUUAAUUAAAACCUGUAUAACAAAAACACUUUGUACGUGUUGGAGAUUUGUCUCUAUGGUUUCCCUUUUAUUCUACAAGCUCCCUCUGGCAAAAUAUAUUGUCUUACAUAGACCUUUGCAAUCUGCCAUCAAUUAUCUCAGUGGAAAAACUGCCAGUAGAAAACUGGGGCUGGCAUUAGUGAGAGGUCCACAGCUGCCAAGCAGACUAAGUGAACUAUAGUCUGUCCCUCUCUAUGGUCUAUAAUUCAAGAUUUUCCUAGUCUUGACGUCAGAAAAUAUAGAUUUUUAUUAAAGACCGGAGGCGAGUAUUAUGCAUUAACUUUCUUUACUUAACUCCAGCAGCAAAGACAUUUUUUCAAUAAAGUUUAGUGAAUAAAAAAAGGUAAAACAGAGUAACUGAAAUGGAACGUUGGUAGCCAAUCAGCAUCCAGUAUAGUCCAUAUAGUCAAUGAUCCCCAAUAUUCUCCCUCUUUCGAGCUGCGAAUGUAGAAGUGUCUAGUAGAGUAGCUCCAAGGAUAGAAUGAUGAAACUCCAAACAGGAUUAAGCUGAAAUAUAAAUAACAGGGUGGGUUAAUGGGAGGGAUAAUACUCGCCUCCUGUCUUUAAUAAAAUCUAUAUUUUCUGACGUCAAGACUAGGAAAAUCUUGAAUUUUAUAACUAGGCAGGAGGCUCGUAUUAUGCAUGUUCAAAGCUAUGUAGUCAUAAUAUAACAUACAUCGGAAGUUAUUACAAUAUUAUUUUUGAAACAUGCUGGCUAGGUCUAAAAUAAAACUGUUUAAAUGUAGAUUCUGAAGACCAAUCUGCUGUUUUUAAUAGAUCUGAUAAAGAGCCUCCUGCUUGAAACACUUUAGUAGUCAUAGCUCCUCUUGAUGAGUGAGCUCCAAACAUUGAAAUAUUAAUACCUGCCAUAGACAUGGUUUGUCGUACCCAUCUAGCUAAAGAUGUAGAGGAGACAGGUAGAAAAGGUUUACGAAAGGAGAUUCGUAAUUGUGAGAUUAGAAUUUCGAAUCAAAGAGGUUUUAAACUCAUAUGUUUGAAGACAACUAACAACACAUAGAAGAGGAUGGUCAGAAAAUGAAGGAUAGAAUACAGUACGGAGAUUAGUUUUGGUACGUCUAACAAUAGAAAAUGUAACACCAUCAGGAGUAUAUUGUCUGUUAUUUAAGUCUAAAGCCUUAACGUCAGAAACUCUUUUGAAAGAGAUGAGACAUAGUAAAGUGGUAAGCUUAAGCGAAAGCAAUUUCAAGGAUAAUGAAUCAUUGGCCCCCCAUGAUUCUAUCAACUGGAGUACCAGAGUAACAUCCCUGGUGGAAUUAUAUUUAGGGCAUGGAGGAUGUUUAAAUCUGAUACCCAUAGGCGUGCGCACGGGGUGUGCCGGGUGUGCCUGGGCACACCCUAAUCCCCAUGGCACGCCUAUGGUUUGAGUCCUGCAGGAACAGCGUUCCUGCACUUUUUUUGAGCAGGAACGCUGUUCCUGCAGGCACUCAGCACCCCCUGUUUCACCUCUUGCCCCUGUCAUGGGGGGGGCAAGAGGUGAUGGAUCCCCACCCACCCUGCAGCUCAGCGCACGGCGAGGGAGCUCUCUGCUGUCUGCUCUCUGCUUCCUCUCGCCGCGCGCUAAUGCCGGGAGCCGGAAUAUGACGUCAUAUUCCGGCUCCCAGCUCCAGCAGACAGCCCGCGCGGCGAGAGGGAGCAGGGAGCAGAGAGCUCCCUCGCCGCGCGCUGAGCUGGAGAGCGGCGCUCGCCCCCACUGGACCCCAGGGAAAAGUCCACUCCAGGUAGGAGGCUGGGUGGAAUUUUUUUAAAUUAAAAUGUAAUAAUUUGUUCUUGUGUGUGUCUGUGUGUGUGUGAGUGUCUGUGUGUCAGUGUCUGUGUUUGAGUGUGUGUCUGUGUGUGUGAGUGUCUGUGAGUGUGUGUCUGUGAAUGUGUGUGUUUGUGUGUCUGAGUGUGUGUUUGUGUGUCUGUGAGUGUUUGUGUGUCUGAGUGUUUGUGUGUCUGAGUGUCUGUGUGUGUGUGUCUGUGAGUGUGUGUGUGUGUGUGUCUGUGAGUGUAUGUAUGUGUCUGUGAGUGUAUGUAUGUGUGUGUGUCUGAAUGUGUCUGUGUGUGUGUGUACGCAUAUAUAUAUAUAUAUAUAUAUAUAUAUAUAUAUAUAUAUAUAUAUAUAUAUAUAUAUACACACACACACACACACACACACCCGGCGCUAUCUGAGUGUCGGCUCUGCUCUAAGCCUCCAUGGGCCAGCGGGGAGACCAAAGAUCUACCUCACCGGCCCACAGCAGCAUGGAGGGAGGCAGGAGAGGACCCAGGGAGCUCUAGACAGACGCUCCGCCAGGUUCCUCUCGCAAUAUCUGAGUGUUGCUGCGGCAACGCUCAGAUCUCGCGAGAGUUAACUCUAGCCCUGCAAGCUAGAGUUCACUCUCCACUGGACCACCAGGGAUGGAACAUGGCAGCAAGGAUUUACUAAUCUGCCAAAUCCCUCCAAACAUACAGCACACACACAUACAGCACCUACACACAUACAGCUCACACACACACACAGUACACUAACCGCACCCUCACAAACACACACAGCACCUUUAAAAAAAAAACACAACACCCUCACACACACACACACAAACAGCACCCUCACAAAUACACGACACUCACAUAAACAGCACCCUCACAGGACAAACAUACAAACACAAACACCCUCACACACAAACAGCAGUCACAAACACAUACACACACACACAAACACCCUCACAUCACACUAACAGCACCCUCACACACACAUCACACUAACAGCACACACAGCAGUGUAUGUGUGUGUGUGUGUGUAUAUAUAUAUAGAUAUAUAUAUAGAUAUAUAUAUAUAUAUAUAUAUAUAUAUACACAUACACAUACACAUACACACACACACACACACACGCGGCGUGUGUUUGUGCUUUAGGGUGCACACCCUAAUGCAAUAGGCUGCGCACGCCUAUGCUGAUACCCUUCAUAAGUCUGCAGACUAGAGGAUGUUUACCCACAAGGAAAAAUUCAAUAGGGUCGUGAUUCGCUGAGAUAGCGGAUCUAUAGACAUUAAUGGUGUGAUAAGCUUUCCCUGAAUCAAAAGAGGCUGACAAAUUUAGAAUGUUUGCUAAAUCUGAAUAUAUGGGAUCCACUGCCGUUCCAUGCACCAAUUAAGCCAAAUUUUCCAGGCUGAUCUGUAAUUUGCACGGGUUCCCGGUGCCCAUGCUUCUGAGAGAAUGUUUCUAGUAGUGUUUGAAAAUUCACUAUGAGAUUCGAAUUGCCCGAAAUGAGGGAUGCAAUCAGGGGUAAUUGGCCUGACCGUACUAGAGGAUGACCAUUUCCCUUCGGGUCGCGAAGAGAAUCCCGACUCAUCUGUAUGAGUCGAGGGUAGUCUAUCAGCAUGCUGAGAAGCUGAGGGAACCAUGGUUGUGAUGGCCAGAGAGGGGUUAUAAUCACUAAGGUCGAUUUCUGGGACCAUGCUUUCAGAAGUACCCGGGAUAUCAUCGUAAACGGGGGGAAAGCAUAAUUGACCCCUUCCUUCCAACAUUGGAGGAAAGCAUCUUGAUCUACUGCUUCUGGAUCCGUCUGCCAACUGAAAAAUGUUUCCAAUUGGCGAUUGAGCCGUGAUGCAAAGAGGUAGUAUCGAAAUGGACCCCACAAGGCAAGUAUUUGUUGGAAGAUGUUGGGAUCCAACAUCCAGUCGCUGUAAUCCACUAGGAUCACAAUCUGCUGCUGUAUUGGAAAGCCUGGGAAGGUAUUCUGCUCGUAACGUUAUGUUUCGAUCGAGGCAAAAAUGCCAUAAUUCUUUGACAAUGUCGGCCAGUUGCUUGGAUUUUGUACCUCCUAAGCGAUUUAUAUAUUGGACUGCUGAUAUGUUGUCCAUCUUGAGAAGGAUACAACAAUGGGAUUUGUGUUUCACAAAACUGCGUAGAGCGAAAAACCCUGCCAUGAGUUCCAGGCAGUUUAUAUGCAUAUUCAUCUCUUCUAGAGACCAUUUGCCACCUGUGGAAUUGCCUCCACAAUGAGCUCCCCAGCCUAAACGACUUGCGUCGGAUUCUAUAGUUAGGUCUGGGAAUGAUGUGAAAAUGGCUUUCCCGUUCCAAAUUUGAACGUGAUCUAACCACCAGGAAAGUUCUAUUCUUAUCUCUGAAGUUAGAGAAAUCUCGUCUGAUUAAAGGAGACCAUUGUUUAGAUGUUCUCUUUUCAAUCUUUGAAGAGCCCGAUAGUGAAGGGGGGCUGAAAAGAUAGCCUGGAUCGAGGCUGAUAAAAGUCCUACAAUCCUUGCUAACGACCUGAUGGAAAUUAAUUCCUUCUUUAGAACUGACCUGAUCUCUUUUUGAAUUGUUUUCAACUUCCGUGAUGGAAGGCUGAGAGUGGCUAAAUUGGAAUUUACUAGAAAUCCUAAAAAUUCUAUCUCCUGAGAGGGAGUUAAAAUCGAUUUUUCGUAAUUUAUUACAAAGUCAAGGCUUGUUAACAGAUUCAAUGUCCAUUGAGAAUGUAGUUGAAGAGUUUGCACACUCUGUGACAUAAUCAGUAUGUCGUCUAGAUAUAUUAUCAUUCUUAUUCCCCUGCUUCGAAGUAGGGAUAUUACUGGUUUCAGUAAUUUGGUGAAACACCAAGGUGCAGAUGAUAAACCAAAUGGCAAUGAUUUGAAUUGCCAUUUCUUCCCUUGCCAUAGGAAUUGUAAAUAUUUCUGACAUAAAUGGUGGAUAGGUACCGUAAGGUAUGCAUCCUUCAAAUCUAUUUUGAUCAACCAGUCGUUGAACAUCAACAGGUCUUUGAGGUAAUAAAUUCCCUCCAUUUUGAAAUGGUGGUAUCUGACAAAAUUGUUUAAGUAUUUCAAGUUUAUGACUGGUCUGUGACCAGAAUCUUUCUUUUUCACCAAGAAUAAAUUGCUUAUGAAGCCUGGGCUGUUCAUGGGCACCUGUAUGAUGGCAUUUUUUGAAUAUAAAUUUAAUAUUUCUUGAUGCACCAGGGCCUGGUCUUGGGCCAAAAAUUUUAUCGGGAAAGGCAUGUUUCUUUGGAUGGGGAAAUGAUAUAAAAUCUAUUUUGUAACCUAGAGCCUAGUGUCUAGUAUCCAAGAGUCGUUUGUAACCUGACUCCAGACAUGGAAAAAACGAGUGAGUCUGCCCCCUAACCUUACUGGGAAAGAACGGGGAGUUGUCAUACUCACCGGAUGAAGAUCUGAAGCGAGACAUUCCUCUAUGGCCUCUCGAUCUCCAUGGUCUGCCACGUAGUGGAAAGAAAGGAGUUGAUUGUUGGGUGUCAUAUGAGGAUCUGGAGGGUUGAAAAGUGUUCCUUGGAACCUGUCUAUGCUGAAAGGAACGGCUGGAAGAACGGUUCCUUCCUCCUCCAGCCCUUCCGAAAACCUUAGGGUUGAAAGCUUUCUUCAGGGAUAACUGAGCCUUAUUAAGGGAACUAAAUAAAUUGACAUAUUUAUUAAUGUCUUUAAUAAAGGAUUCUCCAAAAAGGAGACCUUCCGCAGCUGGACCUGGUUCGGAAGUAGCUAGAUUUGACAGUUGAGGGUCAAUUUUCAUUAAAAUAGACCUGCGGCGUUCGCUGGUCAGCGCUGCAUUAGCAUUCCCCAAAAGACAUAUAAUGCGUUGGGUCCAGCCUCUCAAAGUAUCAAUGCUGGGAGGAUUCCCAGAAACUGCCGCAUAUUCCAAAGUUUCAAACAUUUUAGUCACAGGACCAGACAUGUCCAUUAAUUUAUCUUGACAAGAUUUCAGUGACCUGUCAAGGCCUUUAUUAGGGUUCUUCCCUGAUUUUGAUAAAAAAUUGUACAAUAGUAGGAUCUAGAUCAGGGGUCUGUGCGACUUUCUUUGAUAAGGUCGGUCUACGGCAUUCAGCCCUUAGUUUAUUUCUAGUCGCUUGGUCAAGGGGUUUCCUUAACCAGUAUUCAAGAUAUUUGGCUACAUGAGCCAUAGGCACCCAUUUGGCUGACCUGGGGUGUUUAAUAUGGUCUGGGUCAAAUAAUGGUUUACCAUUAAAAUCCAAAAUAAUGUUUUCAUCGUCAGAUUUAGAAAUAAGCUCAGGUGUCUCUGAGAUAGAUGAACAAAUUGAGGCAGAAUCAGAGUCAGAUUUUUCAUCCUCUGAGAUUGAAGAUGAUUCACUAUCUGAGGAGGUUUUAUAGGAAUCAGGUUUGUUCCUGUGAAUGGCCUUCCGAGCUCGUUUAACUUCCUCACGAGCAGAGGGUCUUUUGAGUGAUUGAUUACACUCUUCAGUUUUGCGUGAAGCAGGCAUUGUAUUCUUGUCUUGGUCCUUCCCUCUCUUAACUUGCUUAGAGCCAAUAGGGGAUUUUGCAGGACCGUCAAAGCAAUGUUUGCGUUUCUGGGUGGCCUUCCCAGACCUCCUAAAACCUUGAGCUAGGUUUCGUUCAGACUCCACAGAUGACCAGAAUUGGUCUGAAGGAGUAUUAAUUAAAUGAGUCUUCUCACUGGGUUUUGAGUUAUUUAUGGCUUGAGCCACAGACUUUGCAAUUGCCUCUUGCAUAGAGGACAUGCAGUAUAAAUAGCAGAGGAAACUGACUUUUGAACGGAUAAAUCCACAAUAUUAUGUAAAGAAUCCUCAGUGAGGAUUUCACAGUCAUGAGAAACACCAGGUUUUGGUGAUUCAAUCUGUCUGAUCUCCUUAGCGUUCAUAAUUUCAAAAUUGCAACAAAUAGUAAUUGUAUCUACUAUUCGUAGAAUAGUUAAAUAGUAAAUAAAUGUUGCCAGUUAUGAGGGGAAAUACUGACAGGAAUUCAAAUAGUUCAAAUUAUAAUAAUUACCAUUAGAGAGUAACAAGUUGUGAGGAAAGUGCUAUCCUGAGGUAAAGUGGGCGGGAAAGUUAGCUGAGGACCAACUAACUGGUAUUCCCGCCCAUAAACAUCAUCAAUGUAUAAGGGACUAACUGACAGAAAACGCGCGUGCAACGGUUCGUGUAGAAACUGCUGAAAUGACUGAACAGUUUAAAGACAAAAAACUAUAAGAAACAUAGAAUUACUUCAGAAAAGCAUAUAUUCCAGUGAAUAAAUACAUAUGUCAAACAUAUAAUCAAACUAGAAGGUAUGUUUAGAAAACAGUAGCAUAAGUGAAUAUAUGAUACUUAUCUCUACUGGAGCAGCAAAGAAAGAGGGAGAAUAUUGGGGAUCAUUCACUAUAUGGACUAUACUGGAUGCUGAUUGGCUACCAACGUUCCAUUUCAGUUACUCUGUUGUUUUUACCUUUUUUUAUUCACUAAACUUUAUUGAAAAAAUGUCUUUGCUGCUGGAGUUAAGUAAAGAAAGUUAAUGCAUAAUACGAGCCUCCUGUCUUGUUAUAAAAUCCUAUGGUAGGUGUUUUUUAUAGACAGCCCAGUAUACAGUUUUAAAAACUGGGCUGUGAGCAGACUGUUGGCAUACUGGCAUGCACACACAACUUGUACAAAAUUCAAGGGACACUAGUCAACAAAGCAACGUUAUCUUCAUAAAGCCGUUUUUGUGUAUAUAUGCAUCUGAAGUUUCACUGUUCAAUUCACUGCCGUUUAAGCGUUAAUUAGAUUUUGUUUCUAUUUAUGCAGCUCUAGCCACACUUCUCCUCUCUGUGACUGACACAGCCUGCGUGGAAAAAAAAAAAGGUUUAAUUUUCAAUCAGAUGUAACUUACUUUAAAAGUUACCUCCUUCUCGGUAAUUUCAACUGAAAUUGAGCAGUGAGACUGCAGGGGCAUGAUCUAUCCACCAAAACUGCUUUAUUAAGCUAAAGUUGCAUUUGUGACUAUAGUGUCCCUUUUAAUAUAAGCAUCCAAUCUGAAUGGCAGCUUUGAUGUCUGUAGGUUAUUCUUAGAGCUAGGAAAAGGUUCGGGUUACUCAAUGCACCCUGAACUUUGCAAUAAUACAAAGCUGUUAUAAUUCUUAGAAUAACCAUGUAAACAUACAAUACCUAUUGUAAAGUGAGAAGAGAUGAAAAUGAACUAGGAAAUGCUCAGAUCUCAUGCUCCAUCCUUGACUAAAAACAUGGGAGACAUUGAUAUUGGUAAAACAAACAUGUAAAUGGCACAUUAAAGGACCACUAUAGGCAUCCAGACCACUUCAGCUCAAUGAAGUGGUCUAGGUGCCCGGUCCAUCUAGGGUUAACCCUGCCUGCUGUAAACAUAGCAAAGGUAAGCCUUUAACGCCUUCCUCCUAGAGCCCUGCAGAGGGGGGUAGAGCAUGAGGGUGGGGGGAACCUAUUAACACUAUAGUGCCAGGAAAACAAGUUUGUUUUCCUGGCACUAUAGUGGUCCUUUAAUAAUAAGUGAGGGGCCAGUUCAUGGUUUCCUGAAGGAAUCCUAGUAUUUCUCAAACAGCUUGAAAAAGGUUUGUCAAAGAAGCAGUAGAAUGGGCAUAGUAGUCAUUUUAAUAUUCAGAAUUCUCCAAGUUUAAACUGUAGGCCUGCAUGGAAAUGUUUAAUUAUGAUUCAUAGCAUAAAAAAAACUGUUUCCCUCUUCAUUUUCAUUAGUGUACUCUCACAUUUUCCAUCACAUUGAUUAGGGAAUUGUUAUUUUAAAGGGACACUAUAGUCACCAGAACUACAGCUUAUUGAAUUUGUUCUGGUGAAUAGAAUCGUUACCUUCAAGCUUUUUGCUGUAAACACUGACUUUUCAGAGAAAAUGCAGUGUUUACAUUACAGCCUAGUGAUAACUUCACUGGCCACUCCUCAGAUGGCUGUUAGAGAUCCUUCCUGGGUCAUGGCUGCCUAAAAUGCAUCCAAACAUUCAGUGUCUCCUCCCUCUGCAUGCAGACACUGAACCUUCCUCAUAGAGAUUCAUUGAUUCAAUUCAUCUCUAUGCGGAGAUGCUGAUUGGCCAGGGCUGUGUUGGAAUCAUGCUGGCUCUGCCCCUGGUCUGCCUCUUUGUCAGUCUCAGCCAAUCCUAUGGGGAAGCAUUGUGAUUGGAUCAGGCUACCACUUCUGCUGAUGUCAGCAGGCAGUGGGCAGGUCUAAAGAAAACAGGAACAAAAUAUGCAGAUUCAGGAUUGAAUAAAAGUAAGUUUUACUAUUUUUAGGGAGGCAUAGGGGGCUAGAUGGUGGGUUUAACCCUAUAGGGUCAGGAAUACAGGUUUCUGUUCCUGACCCUAUAGUGCUCCUUUAAAUAGCUUUGCAAAACUUGGGCUAAAACAAAAGUGGGGAUAUUUUCCAAUUAAACUACUGUGGCCCAAAUUUUGUAGUUUAGAUCUUUUCUUUUUAAUUUAUUGUGAUUACAUAAGUUCGAAGUGAUCCUUUUUUUUUUUUUAAUUUGCGGAUCUUGUCUUUCAUUUAGGGAUCUGUUUUGGUUGAAACAAACAUUGAAGAGAGAUGUAUGCCACCUCAAGAUGGUAAGUGGGUGGACUAAUAAAUAUUAAUAUGUAAUAGAUUGGUUUUAUUCUAUAUUAAUAUUCUAUAAACCUUUUUUUUUACCCCCCACCUCCCUUUUCAAGUUCUAGAGUCAAACAGUGGUGUGUAUACAAGAUUCAUGAAGAACCACAACUGUUAUGAUCUCAUUCCCAUCAGCUCAAAGCUUGUUGUGUUUGAUACAUCUUUGCAGGUAAGUAGUCUAAAACCGGUUAAAAAAAAUACAAAAAAGUGGACCUUAAUAUUGGAUUUUUUCAUCGGCUGUGGACAAGAUGAAUACCUUUGAUUUGUUAAUCGAUCAAAAUGUUUGUUUUUUUUGUUUUUGUUUUUUUUAAUAAUUGACACAAAUGAAUAUGGUUCAUUUUAAACUAAGAUUAUGCUGGAAGUUUGUUUUAAAAAUUAGGUAUGAUUUUUUUUUUAAUUUUAUAUACAUGAAGUAUCAAUGUAAUUUAUUUCAUAGAAAUGUAAUGCCUACAUUGUCUACCUAGUGGUAUAGAUUUUCUUUGCCACCUAUUUUAUGAAUGACUUAGUAUACAUAAGUGCUGUUUAAUUCUGUCCUUGGUUCAACUCUGUCUAAUGAUGGCUAGCGGAUAAUAAACAAUAUUAUCAAUGUUAUACACUAAAUAACUGUAUCUUGCAGGUUAUUUUUUAAACCUCAAUAAAACGAGAUAUAUUGAUGCAAUCUGCUAGGCUAUGACUUACAACUUUAAGCACACUUGAAAUUUUAAAAGUAUUGCAUGUUGAAAUAAAUACUACAGGAUGUACAGAAUAUGCACAGCCAAAACUCACCCAGACUCCUUUCACACAAUACACACAGCCUCCCUCUUAUAUUUAGAAAUCUGAUGUAAAGGGACAGUAUAUUCCAAAUAACUUCUACAGUUCAAUGUUUUGCUCAUGUUGCAGGGAGUACCUGCCAACCUUUCCUCCACCCUCCCCACCAAUAUUUGUAUGCCAAAUUCAGCAUUUACUUUGUAUAGUUAAUAUGUAUAUAAAAUGUGUGGGUUUUUUUUAAAUUCAGGUCAAGAAGGCUUUCUUUGCUCUUGUCAGCAAUGGUGUGAGAGCAGCCCCACUUUGGGAUAGCAAGAAGCAAAGCUUUGUAGGUAAGUGUUUUGGUGUUAGAUUGGAAAGUUCUUUAUUUCAGUUUUCCUUUCUGACCUUGCACGUUCCCCUUUGAUUUAGGCAUGUUGACCAUCACCGACUUCAUCAAUAUCCUCCAUCGUUACUACAAAUCUUCCAUGGUGAGUUGACAUUCUAGUCAUAUUGGUGUUCUUCACCUAAGAGUGCAGUAGUGUCUGUUUCUGCUGUAAUGGUCACCUAGAUUAGGCAUUUGUGAACCAUGACAUGGCAUACAACACUCGCUAAAAGUUAAUGGUUACUUGUUUGACAUAUGUGUAUCUAGUCUGUAAUCCUGGUGUGUGUUCUUAGGUUGACAGCAGAUAAACUCUAUUGAUGAAUUGUGGUACUUUGAUCCCUGUUUAUCAGGUGCAGAUUUAUGAGCUCGAGGAACAUAAGAUUGAGACAUGGAGAGGUGAGUUUACAAAAAGUCUUGUUGAAUGUUUAGCAUUCAUUCAUUUUAAAAUGGAAUAUCGUGUACAAAUUGGGAAUUUUGCCAUCUACAAAUUGAUAAUAUAUUAUUGAACAUAAAAACUAAUCUCUCAAUGCAUCAGAACUUUGAGCUAUACAUUUUGUUUCUAAUUCAUUUAGAACUCUAUUUGCAAGAUUCUUUCAAGCCUCUGGUCAGCAUAUCUCCUAAUGCCAGGUAAGGGUGUUAUUUUAUCAGAUUUCCAUGUUUUUUGGAAAUGUAUUAUUUUUUUUUCUGUGUUUUGUCCAACCUUUUUUUAAACCCAAUUUUUUUUCUCUCUUCAGUUUGUAUGAUGCCGUCUCCUCCCUGAUUAAGAAUCGUAUUCACCGUUUGCCGGUCAUCUCUCCUGACUCAGGAAAUACUUUGUACAUCUUAACACACAAACGAAUCCUCAAGUUCCUGAAGCUUUUUGUGAGUUUUGUCAGUUUUAUACUUAACCCCCCUUCUUCCAUUUACAGCUUCUCAUCGUCAAUUUUCUUUGGUUUACAGAUGUGUGAGUUGGAGAAACCUGCUUUUGUGACUCAAUCUUUAAAAGAGCUAGCAAUUGGGACAUAUGACAACAUUGCGCUUGUUAAUGCCAAUACUCCAGUCUUUGUUGCUUUGGGUAUAUUUGUGCAGAGGCGUGUUUCAGCUUUGCCGGUUGUUGAUGAUUCUGGUAAGUAUGAGUAACAUUUUUUUAUUCAGUAGUUUUUUUUUGUUUUGUUUUUUCUUUUGUGUUAAAAUAUUUCUAGUCUUAGGCAGUUUAAAAUUUUUGUGCAUCCUAAGUCCUUGCUGUGCUCUAAAAUCAUAGCGCAGGGGUCUGUAACCUUUUGCAUACCAAGUUGCCAGGACCAUACGGGCCCGUUGAGGAGAUCAAAUGAUCUCCCCAUCUGGCCUGGAGCAUCAGGUAGCCUGCAGUCAACACCUCCAGUGGGUGCAGCCACUACAAGGAAACCCCCCUCAUGCUUCUCAAAGAUUCAAAGCAUUGCUUUUUGUUACUAUGGCAAUGCUCUGUCUUGCCAGAAAAGCCACCAAACUGAGACCAAGCCACAAGUGAUCUGCACCGUGGAUCCCCCACACGACACUUUAGACAUGCUCCACCACACACCAAAAACAGCCCACAUAUGCAAACUUAUCAUAGACAGUCCACAGGCAUACACACAACCACAAACAGUCUAUGUAAAUACACAUAAUUUCACAGAUACCUCCACACAAUUCCAUAAAUAGCACACACACCUAACACAACAGACAACCCAUAACUUAACCCACACACAACCUCACAAACCUCCCACAUACAUGCAAGUAAUAGUGUAAACCUCUUCCCACAUACAAUACCACAAUAUAAACAUUACGCAUAACACCACAGACAUCCCUCACACAUUAAUCACACACAUAUGAACAUGUAACCACACAAAGCAGAUAAACACCCACCCGGUGACAGAAGUAUCCAACAUACAUAAAUGUUACCUUAAAAAAAAAAACAGCCUGAGGGACUUUACUUCGGCACAGCACGUUUAAGUUUGCUUACCAUGGGCCUAGCAUAUCAUUGUUAUCAAAACAAUUUUUUUUAUUUUUAAUCGCACAAACCAUAAUUUAGUUUGUGCAAAAAAGACAAAGGAGACAGUUCUUCUUUAUCUAUAGAGACAUUACUAGACUAUUACUUUUAACAUUUUAAAUAAUUUAUUCUGCCUGUAAUGUAUUUUUUUGAUCCAUUUUCGAUUCUUUCACAUGCCAUGAUUUGGUUUAAUUUCAGCUGGUUUAUGUUUGAUUCCUUCGCUUCUCUUUGCUUUGUAGGCCGGGUGGUUGAUAUUUAUUCCAAGUUUGACGUCAUUGUAAGUAAUUUUACAUCAUUUUUCUGCUUAUUUAGUACAGUUUGUAUCGAUUUUUUUACUGCAGAGUUUUAGAUGCCAGCAAAUCUCAUCCCCCUUUUCUGCAUUUCACAGAAUUUAGCAGCUGAAAAGACCUACAAUAAUUUGGACAUCACAGUGACAAAAGCUCUGGGACAUCGCUCUCAUUAUUUUGAAGGUGUUCUGAAAUGCUACCAGCAUGAAACUUUGGAGACCAUAAUCAACCGGCUAGUGGAAGCAGAGGUGAGAUGGUAGAUACUGUGCUACCUAAGGGUUACAAUAGAAUGCAGUUUAUAUGUUCAGUCUAAGCACCAUAAGCCCUUUGCAUUAAUGCAAAACUCUUUGUUGCCUAUUUCUAUUUUGUCCAAGCAGUGUUCACAUCCCUUGAGCCAGAUGUGCCACUAAUUUUACAUGCACAUAAUACACAUCCCAGUUGGUGCCAGGAGUGCUCUGUAACUGUGAGGUCACAAACUAUUUUAGCAUGGUUUGACAACUUACCGUGAUCCCGCCAGGCGUGCUUGCAGCACCAGGUUUUCUCCAGUUUGACAUCUUACACUGGUAAAGCACCAGUGCACUCUUGACACCAUAACCACUACAACAGGCAAAACUUUGGACCUGUUCUGUUUUUCUAUAACUGGUUAAUACAAAGGAUUGCCGACUCUCCUAGGUUUACAAAAUAAGUUUUUUCUUUCAGUGAUGUGGUAGGAUUGUUUGGGUGGCUACUUGGAAGGAACUGAGGGGCAAAUACAAGGUAUCAGAUUACACAUUGGAAGAGAUUGUUUUUGGCAGUUGGUAUAGUUUUUACCAGCUGUGUACCUGUGCAUACUCUGGGAUGGAACGGUCUAUUAGCCUCUCUGGUGAGAUGGGGACAGUUUGUUUUCAAGUUUAUAAAGAAUAUGUGUGAUAGAAUGGAAAAAAAAAAAGUAAUAGUUGGAAUGACUAACUUAAAAUUACUUUGUAAUGUCAAGCCUGUAAGAAAGGUAGACAUUGCAAAAUUGUCUUUAAAACAUUAUCUGUAAAGAGCAUUUUUAAUGCAGAGAAAGAAAAAUAGGAUACAGAAACACCUUUAUCCUAUAAGCUGAAUUUUUUUUUUAUCCUGUGUUACCCAGUAAACUGGAUUGAUUGAACCUUUGCUGUGGAGCCUGUGAUUUGUUCCGGUUUUUAUACUGUGUGGGACCACGGAAAACUCCCAUUGCUUUGUCUUGAGCAAUUUUUCACCUUCACACCUCUAUUCCUGAGUGCCACACCAACCUACCUGUCUUUGUAUAGUUAAAGAAACAUUCUCAGGCUCUUUCCAUCAUGUGACCACUUCUCUUUAUUUCUCUGUAGGUGCACAGAUUGGUUGUGGUGGAUGACAAUGCUAUUGUAAAAGGCAUAGUUUCCCUUUCAGACAUACUUCAAUGUCUUGUUAUGACAGCUGGAGGUAAGUAGUGACCAAUAUUUAUGGAAACUUUGUCCCAGGGUUUGCCAUAUUCCUAGCCAUCUGAAAAUGUGUGUUCACGUUCAGUAUAUCAGUUGUUAAUAUAGUCUAAAGCAUUUUGUAGACCAUAUUUGCACUCUAAAAUUACUUCUGAUAAUCGUUUUGACUUUAGCUUAUUGGACUGGCUAGACAAAAGCAAGUUAAAAUAACACUAUAGUAACCAAAACAAAUUUAGCUUAAUGAAGCCGUUUUGUACAGGUUAUGCCCCUGUAGUCUCACUGCUCAGUUCUUGCAAUUCACUGCAGGGGCAUGAUCUAUACACCAAAACCGACUCAUUAAGCUAAAGUUGUUAUGGUGACUAUAGUGUCCCUUUAAAGAUUACUUGUUCACACUAAUUUGGAUAACAAUCUAAUUUUCAAUUGGCUAUUUAUAUAUCCUAUACAAUUUCCUUGCAAAAUUGCUAGCAAAACUAUAGUUUAAAAGAGAUAUCUUAAGAUUGAGUUAUCAUCCAACAUGGCUGUUUGUGCAGUAGCUUUACUAAAGGACUAUAACAUCACUGCACAGCUCCUAGCUUGUAGGUGCACACGAAUAAAUGUGGUACUCUGGCUUUACGCACAGCCACACUUGGUCUCCACUGUUGCAGUUGUAUUUCUAAAUCUCAGGAGGUCACAAUUAUAAUAGAAUAACUUUUUAUCUAUCCUUAUGCUAGUAAACUGGCUCACACACUUUCUCUUUAAAGUGAUACUGUAUCAGGUUUAUCAAGACAAAUGCACUUUACAGACACAAAAUUUUGUUUUAAAGUACCACUGAGCACCAGACACCAAGACAGAUUAGUCAUAGCCGUGGGAAUGUGAUUUGCUGUCAUGGCAACAUUCAGAUGCCUCAUAUGUCAUUUUUAUUUUACACUUAUAGGGGGGAAACCUCUGAAAUCUGUAUAA